AUGUCCAGCUUUACGCGAGGGAUUUACUGGCGACUGUUCCUCUCCGUAUGCCUCUUCUUGGAAACUUGGUCACAGAACUUGGGCCAGACGCAGUUCAUUUGUACGUCCGUUCCCAAAGACGCGGACGUCUGCUCGGGCACCCUCCAGAACUCAGUCCCGGGGGCCACGGGGGACAACCUGAGGAGCAGCGUCAUGCACUUACGCGAGACCGUGCUGCAGCAGAAGGAGACCAUCAUGAAUCAGAAGGACACGAUCCGGGAGCUCACGUCCAAGUUAGCGCGCUGCGAGAGUCAGAGUGGCGAGCCGGGGAGCGCACGGAGGAAGGGCUCAAAGGACACCAUGGGGGACGUGUCCAGGGGCCCCGCGGACACGCUGGCGCAGCUGUCCCAGACCCUGCAGGCGCUCAAGCAGCGACUGGAGAACCUGGAGCAGUACAGCCGAAGUAACAGCUCGGUCCAGGCCAACAGCCUCAAAGACCUGCUCCAGAGCCGCAUCGACGAACUGGAGAAACAGGUGCUGUCCCGGGUCAACAGCAUGGAGGAGACCCGCCACGGCCUGCGGAACGAGACGGAGCAGCGCGGCCGCGUAGAGUCCACCCUCACCUCGCUGCACCAGCGCAUCUCAGACCUGGAGAAAGGUCAGAGGGAGAACAGGCCGCUGGACAAGUUUCAGCUGACGUUCCCACUGCGCACCAACUACAUGUACGCCAAGGUGAAGCGCAGCCUGCCAGAGAUGUACGCACUCACAGUGUGCAUGUGGCUGAAGUCCAACGCUUCUCCCGGAGUGGGCACUCCACUGUCCUACGCUGUGCCAGGACAGGCCAACGAGCUGGUCCUGAUCGAAUGGGGGAACAACCCGAUGGAGCUGCUGGUCAACGACAAGGUGGCUAAACUGCCCUUUCUAAUAAACGAUGGAAAAUGGCACCACAUCUGCGUGACGUGGACCACCCGUGACGGCGUGUGGGAGGCUUUUCAGGACGGAGUGAAGAGGGGCAGUGGAGAAAACCUGGCACCCUACCAUCCCAUUAAACCCCAGGGACUACUCAUUCUGGGACAAGAGCAGGACAUGCUAGGCGGCGGUUUUGACGCAACGCAAGCCUUUGUGGGCGACCUGGCAAAUCUGCAUAUCUGGGAUCGCAAGCUGACAGUGGGUGAAAUCUACAACCUGGCCACGUGCAGCAGCAAGGCUCAAGUCGGGAAUGUCUUCGCCUGGAUGGAGACCAGCCUGGAUAUUUAUGGCGGCGCCUCCAAGUGGACAUUUGAAGCGUGUCGUCAGCUCAACUGA